AUGAACAUGCAAAAUAAAAAAAAAAAUGAUGGUGUGACAUUUCAAUCUAACACAUUAAGAAUCACAAAAGCUCCUGCUAUCAGUUUUAUGCUAGCAUCAGCCAUCACAAGAGAACAGCGGAAGAAAGAUGAGAAAAUGUGCAAAGAAAAAACACAAACAAGACACUUUCAGUUUGCUAUUAUCCUUUUUAGAUCGGAAAUGAGGCCAAGGAGGAACACGGAAAAAAGGAGGCGAAGGGAGAAAAAGAGCUUAACGUUGGUGAUGUGGGUGCUGAUAAAAUCUAUAAACGCAUUUAGAAAACUUUAUUGUGAACGACAAUACCAAAGUUCCCAUUUGAACUGA